ACAACUAUUUUUGAUAAUUUAAUUAAUUUUAAAAUUAAUAAAUAAACAAUAAAGUUAUACAUAAAUUAACAAACAAAAUUAAUUUUAUUGUUUUAUCGUGAUAUUUAUUCAUUUAUAAAUAUUCAAAAAUAAAAAAGUGAAUAUCAAAUAGAAUAGAAAAAAAAAAAACAAUUAGUAUGAUAUAAAAAAAAAAAAAAAACCAGUUCUGCCAAAAUUUUUUUAUUAAAAACAUUGUGAAACAUUUUUUAUUUUUUUUUUUUUUUUAUAAAAAGUUUUUUAUAAAAAAGUGAUAAUUUUAAUUAAAAAACAACAUGAUUGAAUAAGUCAACAAUUAACCAGUGAUGGAAUUUUGUGAGGUUGUGACUGAUGUAAAUAAUUAAAAUCAAAAGUGCAAUACAUCUUGAAAUAUUUUUAAUAAAAAAAAAAAAAAAAAAAAAAAAGAAAUGGCACCAAGAAAAGCUGAUGACUGUCAUAUUAAUAAACGUGUUGCUGCUGCUGGAUGUCGUUUACCAACAAUUUUACCAGCUGGUGAAAUUUUAACAGAUAUUACUAAAAAAGAAUGGAUUUUAGGUUCUCGUCUUGGCAGUGGUGGUUUUGGUGAUAUUUAUUUAGCUUCUGAUGACACGACCAAACCAGUUGGUCAAAAUGCCAAAUAUGUGAUAAAAAUUGAGCCACAUGAAAAUGGACCUCUUUUUGUUGAAAUGAAUUUUUAUAUAAGAUGUGCCAGACAACACAUGAUUAAAAAUUGGUGUGAUGCACAAAGAAAAACAAGAAUUGGUAUACCAACAUAUGAAGGAUCAGGUUCACAUGUUUAUCAAAAAGAAAGAUUUAGAUUUUUGGUUAUACCACGUUAUGGUAUUGAUGUUGGUAAAAUUUUUGAAUCACGUGGACGUAAAUUAUCAACAAAAUUUGUCAAUAGUUUGGCUAUUCAAAUGCUUGAUGCUUUAGAGUAUAUACAUAGUCGUGGUUAUGCACAUUCAGAUGUAAAAGGUUCCAAUAUUAUUCUUGAUAUUGAUCAACAAAAAACAACAAAUCCACGUGCAAAUUUAGUUGAUUAUGGUUUAGCUUAUCGUUUUAAAACAUCAGCUGGUUUACAUAAGCCAUUUGUUCAUGAUGAAAGAAGAGCACAUGAGGGUACAUUAGAAUUUACAUCACGUGAUGCACAUCAUGGUACACAUUCAAGACGUGGUGAUAUAGAAACAUUGGGUUAUAAUAUAUUACAAUGGAUGUGUGGAAAAUUACCAUGGGAACAAAAAAAUGGUGGUAUGGCACCAUCAAGUAAUCCAGAUGAUAUACAUAUGAAAAAAGAACAUUAUUUAUCUGAUAUAUCAUUAUUAAUGAAAGAAUGUUUUUUAGAACAAAAAAAAAAACCACCAUUAUCAAUUAUUGAAUAUUUUAAACAUAUUGUAUCACUUAAUUUUGAAUCAAAACCAAAUUAUAAUUAUUUAAGAAAUUUAUUUAUACGUAAUGGAAAAAUUGAAAAAACAUUUAUGACAAGAAAAAGAGUUGCUGAUGAAAAUAUAAUAUAUCCAAUGCCAAUUAAAAAACCUAAUUUACGUGAUAGAACAACAAAAUUAAAUUUACAAUUAAGAGAUAGAAAACCAUGUAAACCAUUAAAUAUUGAAGGACGUGUUACAAGAACACAAACAAUUGAUGAAACUGAAAAAUUUUGUUGGGAAGAAGUAUUAGCUGGACAUCCUGAUAAAUUAGCUAAAAUAAGUGCACAACCAAUUUAUACAGAUGUUGAUACACUUACACCACCACCAUCACCACCACCAUCACUAUCAUUUUCAUCAUCAACAACACCAUCAAGACCUACAUAUGCUAUGGUACAAAUUAUUAAAAAAAUUAAAGAACGUCAAACUAAUGGUUAUAAACCUAAAUCAAAAUCAUACGAAGAUUCAAAACCUAAAUGGAUGACACCAGCAAUGGAAGAAAUUUCUCGUCUUAAAAAAAAAUUACAAACAAUACCAACAACUAAAAAAAUUACAUUUUCACCGCGUUUGACAAGAUCUCGUGUUGCAAAUAAUAAUAAAAUUAAAAAAAAAUCCAUUAGUAAUAAUAAAGGUAAAUAAUUUAUUUUAAAAAUAGAGCUGAUUUUUUUUUUUUUAUUAUGAAUUUUUUAAAAUAAAAAAAUUAUGCUUUUUAUUAUUUUCAUUUGUAUAUAAUUAUCAUUGCUAUUUUUAUAAAAUCAUUUAAUAAUGAUACGGUAUUAAAAUUAAUUUUAACAAUCAAGUAUUAUCGAAAAUUUGAUCAUUUAAAACUUCCAAAGGCUGAAAUUAAUUUUUUAGUCUUGUCAAUAUUUUUUUUUUAAUAAGACUGCUCAUUUUUUUUUUUUUUUUGUCAGGCAUUUAUCAAUUAUCAUCAUCAAUGUUGUCUCGUAAUUUUUUAAUAUUAAAUCUAUAAUUAAUAAUUUUCUUUGGUCAAUUAGAUCAAUGAAAAUUAAAUUAUCCUAAUGAUAAAAAAAAAAAAAUUACAAAAGUAAUGAUACAAAUAUCAAGUAAUAAUUAUUAAGAAAAAUCGAUAAUAGUCAAAACAUUUAUAAACAUUUGUGAUCUAAUUAUUUAAAUAUUAAGAUGAAAAAAAAAAAAAAAAAAAACAUUGUAAAAUUAAGAAUAACUCAUAUUUUUUUUUUUUAGUAAUUAUUUAUUAUUUUUUUAAAAAAAGGCUUAUUAUUUUUAAAUGUGUUAAAAAAAGUAAAGUAAUUUUUUUUUUGACGACUAUACACAUAUGUGAACAAAACUUGUGUUAAUAAUUUUUAUACGAUUUUUUUUUUUUUUAUUAAAUGUUAUUUCAUUAAUUUACAAUCAUAAAAGUCAUGAAUUUUUUUUCUUUUUUUUUAUAAACAAUUUAAUGAUAUUAUCCAUUCUAGUUGAUGAAUAAAAAUAAUAAUUUAUUUAAACAAAAAAAAAUAUAUAUAUAUAUUUGAGUUUAACUAUAGAUAACUAACACAGUUAUGCUCAAAAUUAUUUUCCAAGAAUAAAAUAUUCCCAAUUACUGUGGAUCGUAUAUAAAUGCGUUUGAUACUUAAACAUUAGUCCAUUGCAUAAAUAUAACUGUGCUAAAUUUUUCAACUAAA